AUGGCCAUUAAGGACUUCUCCUUUGUCAAGUGGCCUCCUAGGUUGAGGGGAGAUCCAGCAACAAGAAACAGGAAUGUCUACUGUCACUUCCACAGAGACCACGGGCACAGUACAGAGAACUGUAGAAACCUCUGCGACGAGAUAGAAGAGCUCAUCCGCCGUGGGUAUCUAAAAACUUUGUACAACGAGAAGAAAGAAACCAUGCAGAUCGGCCAACAGAUCAGCAGGCGGACCAGAGAAGGAAUGCCCCUGAGUCUAGUAAUAGGCAGAACGAGCAGCCGCCAUGGGUACACUUCAGCAGCCGGACGAACCUCAGUCCGCGAACUAGAAAGUGAGGAGCAGAACCCGCUAGAGCGGCUCCGACUUGAAGACCCGAUUCACUUCACGGAGGACGAUGCGCGUGGGAUCCAGUAUCCUCACAACGACGCCCUGGUGAUAAAGCUGAGGCUAAACGACUUCAAAGUCAAGCGCAUCUUGGUGGACUCGGGUAGCUUGACAGACAUAUUAAUCAAGGACACAUUCGACAAGUUGCAGCUCUAG